AUGAGCUAUCUACUACAGAAUAAUCAACAGAAACUCCCGUACUUCAGGAAUGUGUUCAAGGAAAACCCUUGUCAACAUCCAGUCAUAAUUUUGAAGGAUGUGUCAGCAGAUGAUAUUGUCAGUCUGUUGUCUUACAUGUAUCAGGGAGAAGUUUUUAUUGAAGAAAGCAAGUUGUCCUCAUUUCUUCACACUGCAGCAUUGCUGCAAGUGAAAGGAUUAACUGGUGUAACUCAACAGAAGGAAAUCUUUUCAUCACCCAAUACAUCAAAUAAGUUAUACACACAAUUAACUAUAUCACCAAAACCACAUAUUGGUGGCAAUCAAAAGGAUUCAAAACUGCCAGCUUUGAAGAAGCGACGCAGUAGUACUUCAGACAAACCUAGUGAUGUAACUAUUGGGGAUAAUCACAAAAAGAGUAAAGUUAUAGAAACUUGUGAUAUUUAUAAUAGGAAUAAUUUUACACAGCAAACUACAAAAUUUGAUAAUUCCUUGUUCUUAUCAGAAAAUAACAUAGAUAAAAAAAAUGAUGGAAAGACUGAACCUGCAGUUAUAACCAGCAAUGGCAAAAGUUCAGGCCCAAUUCAGCAGGCCAAUGUUCAAGGUGACAACAUUCCGGUUACAAUAAAAACUGAAAGAAAUGAUGACAACAGUUCACCUGCUUUAUCACUAAACAUAGCCUCAGAUAAUGAUGAUAGUCUUCCUGAUUAUGAAAACAGUAUGCUUGCCAGGUCCCUACUGUCAGGGAUCAAUCCAUCCAAAAGUGAAGUUAGUGCCAACAAUACAACCAUAAAGAAAGUGUCAAAUAUCAUGGUGGAUGUCCAUACAACCAGAUUUUCCAAGGAUCUUCCAGAUGCAGUAACAUUUACCAAUGCUUCAUCGCAAAGUCCUGUAAAAACCACAGAAGAGAAUGCUGUGAAACCUGAAAAACAGUCGCCUAAAUCUGAUGUAGAAUAUGAACCAGAAGUGUUAUUGUCUGAACAUCAGGAUGGUACAGAUUCAGACAGCACAUACUCGCAAGAGCAAUCUCAAGCUCUUCUCCUACUUGCCGGAAUGUCCACUGUUCCUGUAAUAGCUGGUGGAGCUUCAACAUCGCAAGGUUUGGCGCAUCAGCAAUCAAAUCAUGCAGCUAUUUGCGGUGAUUGCCCGCAUUGUGGCAUGAAGUAUUCCAACCAGUCAGCUUUAAAGUAUCAUGUUAGAUUAAUGCACUCUGAUUUGACCAAUCGACUUUGUUGCUAUCUUUGUCCGAGGUCAUUCACUAUGCGAGAGACAUUCAAAGAACAUAUGUGGACUACUCAUGGUCAAAGGAAUUAA